CAUAAAGAACAAAAGUAAAUAAACUGUUGGAUCUUUAUUAUGCUCUACAUCUAAUUUGCACUCAAAGCCAUUGAGUGAGCCCAUAAAAGGAAAGGCCGGCUGCUUCCGUCAUAUUAAAGGCUCUAUUACCUUCAGUACUCUGUUUACUGUCUCCGUUGUAAAAAUAGAGGCUGCGCGGGCUCAUGGCCCCUCCAUCGCUCCCACCAACAGAAACCACCAGAAACUACACAAUGGUAGGUCCUUAUUAUUUAUCUUUUAUUUAGAUAAUUAUUCCUUAAUCUUUUAACUUGUUUAAUGUUGUUUUAAUCAUGGCUCACCCAUAUUUUUCUCUCUUCCCAUCUUUCCAUUCUCCCUUUUCUUCGCCCCCCCCUGUUUUCACACAUCUUCACAGCAGCUGUCCAACUCCACAGGGAUAGACAAGAUGCUGGAGAGGUAUUAUUUGACUCCAUUUUAUGCCCUGGAGUUCUGCGUCGGCUUUCCUGCCAACCUGUUGGUCGUACUCGGCUACAUGUUUUGCCUACAGGAGUGGCAGAGCUGUCAUGUUUACAUUUUUAACCUGGCGCUCUCUGACCUCGUUUUUCUCUGCACCCUGCCACAACUCUCCUAUCUCUAUGCAAACAACCAAGUGUUGGAACCUGCCGUUUGCAUCAUCAACCGCUACGUCCUGCACGUCAACCUUUACUCUUCCAUCCUCUUCAUGGUCUGGCUCAGCGUUGACCGCUUUCUGCUCGUAAAGCAUCCAGCAAGAGGCCACUUCAUGCUCCGGCCACGCGUAGCCGUGGUCACGUCAGCGCUGAGCUGGCUGGCUGUCAAUGUGGAAAUUGCUCCACUGAUUGCCCUGAUGGUGAAGGACCUGCAGAGACAAAACUGGAGCAACUGCAGGGAUUUUGCCAGUUUGAAAGGAGGCGUCAAUCCUUUAGGCUAUAGUUUGGGAUUAACCUUGACUGGAUACAUUCUUCCACUGCUUGCACUUUGUGUUUUCUCCAAACAAAUGUCACAUCUGCUUCAUGUGCAGGAGAGAGCUCUACAGCGCAGGAAAACCUACAAAAGGCCACUCCGGAUCCUGAUUUCAGCCACAGUGAUGUUUCUGGUCCUGUACACUCCUUACCAUGUGAUGAGGAACAUCAGAAUUUGGUCUCGGCAGCCGCGGGGCGGGUUGCCAGAGCGUACAAAGAUGUACAUUAAAGCCACGUACAUCAUCACCCGACCAUUGGCUUUUCUGCACAGCGUCAUCAACCCUGUCUUCUACUUCCUCAUGGGUGACAAAUUUAAAGAACAGCUAAUGGCUAAACUCAGAAACAUGGCCAGAAAAAUACAACUAAGGAAAGAACCGGCCUAACCAAACGUGUGCACAAUUAUUUUUGAUUUUUUUUGAUAUUUGCAAAAUAUAUAAAGUAGCUUUUUUUGCACUUGCAAUUUUCAUGACUGGUUUAUUUUAGGGGAAAAAAUAAUAAGAUUUGUUUUUAUAUUUUGUGUGAUAACCUUUUAUUAGAUUCUCACUUGUGUAAUUAAACUUGCCAUUUGUGUAAAGUGCCUUUUUUUUUAUUUUUUAUUUUUGCUUCAUCCCACUCUUAAAAUCCAUUAUUUUCAAUAACCCAAUUGUUUACACUGCUCAAUAAAAGAAGAGAACACUUUUUAAACUAGAAUUAACAACAGCUGCACUAAAAGGUCAACAAUGAGAAGAGCCAUAAACAUGUGGGAAAAUUUUUUCCUCCAUCCUUCCUGCUAUCUAUCCACUAGUCCAUCCGUCCACCCAUGGUCCUCCGCUUCUCCGGAAUCUGGUCAUGGGGACAACAUCCUAAGCAGAAAGUCACAGACUUCCCUCUCCCAGCCACUUGGGCGAGCCCCUCUGAGGGAAUCCUAAGGCGUUCCCUGGCCAGCUGAGAAAGAAAAGGUGCUUUUACAUCUGGUUCGGAAGGACCUACCUUGAGGGUAUGGUGUCUUCACAUCUGUAGACUGAUUGGCCGGCUGAAAUCCACGCCUACCUUUAGGGGGAGCCUCCGA